AGUGUUUGGGAUCAUAGUAUUUUUAAGACGAUAACAUGGAAGACAAGUGUGGAAUCAAGAAAGAUGUUACAGAAUUGAUAGGCAAUACCCCAAUGGUAUAUCUCAAUAAUGUUGUGGAUGGUUGUGUUGCCCGUGUAGCUGCCAAGCUUGAGAUGAUGCAACCAUGUUCCAAUAUUAAAGAUAGGGUUGCAUAUAGUAUGAUCCAAGAUGCAGAGGAUAAGGGUCUGAUCACACCCGGGAAGACUGUUCUCAUGGAGAUAACAGGUGGCAAUACUGGAAUUGGGUUGGCUUUCAUUGCAGCCAUCAAGGGUUACAGGCUAAUCCUUAUCAUGCCAGCUUCAUAUAGCCUUGAGAGAAGAAUUGUGUCCCUAGCUUUUGGAGCUGAGUUGUACCUCACAGAUCCUGACAAGGGCCAUGAAGAAGCACUUAAGAAGGCUGACGAGCUCUUAGGCAAAAUCCCUAAUAGUUAUCUGUUAAAACAAUUUGAAAAUCCUGCCAACCCAAGGAUCCAUUAUGAAACCACUGGCCCAGAGAUAUGGAGAGAUUCAGCACAAAAAGUUGAUGUUCUAGUUGCAGGGAUAGGUACUGGGGGUACAAUAACUGGUGCAGGGAAUUUCCUCAAGGAGAAAAACCCAGAGAUAGAGGUGUAUGGGGUAGAACCAGUUGAAAGUGCCCUCUUGAAUGGAGGACAACAUGGCAAGCAUCUGAUUCAAGGAAUUGGUGCUGGUUUUAUCUCUGCUGUUCUGGAUGCCAAUGUGCUUGAUGAAGUUAUUCAAGUAUCUAGUGAGGAAGCUAUUGAAACUGCUAAGCUGCUUGCCCUGAAGGAAGGUUUGCUGGUGGGGAUUUCAUCUGGUGCUGCAGCAGCAGCUGCUAUAAAGGUGGGAAAGAGGCCUGAAAAUGCUGGGAAACUCAUUGUCGUGAUUUUCCCCAGCUAUGGGGAGCGUUAUUUGUCUACUGCACUCUUUGAUUCCAUUAGACAUGAGGCGGAAAAUAUGACUUUUGACUGAUGUUUUCAUUAAAUAAUAACUAAUGUCUCCACAAAGAUGAAGUCUGAUGAAUUUGAGAGAUUAUCUUCGUAGUCUCUGUUUUGAAGAUAUACCAGUAAAGAAAAAAAAAACAUGAUACUAUACAUUGUUGACUCUUAUAUUUAAACCUUUCUUUGUGCUCAGAAAGCACGUGGAAAGGCUCAAAUAGGAUGGCAAUUUAAUUUAAACACAUGUAGUUUAUUAUUUGCAAUUUAAAUUACACCCCAUCUGCCUUUCCACUUGUGAAGAACUUCGAUCUCUGGAUGGUGUACUCCUCAGGUGGAUGUAAUUUGUACAAGUCUAACAUAUAAAAUUAUGUAAUCUGUACCAAGUCCAACAUAUUAAAUGUCUUCCAAAUUUCUUUA